UUUUUUUAAUAAAAACUAUUAAUCGAUAAUUUAAGAUUAAUAAUUAGGUUAUCUAUCAAAUAAAAAAAGCAUAUCAUUUCAGAUAGAAUUUUACAAGCAGUAAAAAUGUAGCAAAAUUAAUCUUAAAAUAGUAGACAGCAAUAGAAUAUUGACACACUGAGUUAAAAUAAUGGUUAAUAAGAAGGAUUGCAAGUGAUUGGAAGAAAUUUUAGAAAUUAAAAUGAACAACAGCAAGGAUAUGAAGAGAUUUUUAAUGAAGAUGACUCAAUAUUAUUUGAUAAGUAAAAAUAGUAAUAAAUGCAGUAAAAGAGGGGUUUCUAAAUGCAGAAACUUGCUCAAGAUUAUUACUCGUCAAGCCACGCACCAAGUAAUCAAAAAAGCUAGAUGCAAAAAAUGCCUCCAAUAUAAUCUAACAAUUUCAACUAUAUCCAACCAUAAUAUGUUUAAUAAUAAGGUUAGAAUUAAUAUUUGCAGAAUUAGCAAUAGUAAUAAUAAUAAUUUUAACAACCAUAAUAAUAGCCUUAAUAGUAAUUUAAAUAAAAUUAAUAGAAAAAUAAAUAAGAAUAAACAAAUUUAAUUACUGCCCCAUAUUUUUUUAAUGCUAACUAAGUACCUGCUCCUCCUAGUGCAUUUCUUAUGCCUAAUUUUAAUAUGAAUUAAAUUCCUACUCCUCCUAGUCUUAACCUUUAAUAAAAUAUUCCAUAAAAUAAUUCUAAUUUUCUCAACAAUUCUUAAAAUUAAAAUUAGAAUUAAUAUCAAAUAUAUGCUCCUCCUUAAUUUUAAUAGUAAUAGUAAAACAUUCCUUCACCACCUUAACUUCCAAUUAUUAAUACCAAUAAUAAUAUUAAUAAUAACAAUAAUUUGUUUGGUUUUGGAAAUAAUAAUAGUAAUAAUAAUAAUAAUUUGUUAGGUUUUGGAUUUAAUAAUUAAAACCAAUCAUAAAAUAUAUUUAAUAAUUUAUAAUCUUAGAACGUUUAAUUUUAUGAUAAGCCUAAGGUUUCUUCUUUAGAUCAAUAAAAUGAAAAUAAACUUCCUGCUAUAGGUGGUGUUUAAAGAAGAUAUUAGUAAGGAGUCUUUAACCAAGAUAAAGUGAAAGAAGGUGGCUUUUAGUAAUUAACAAGAGAAGGCUAUUUAUCUUAACAUCCAAUAUUUAAAAAAAAUAAAAAUGUUUCUUCAGCAUAAAGCUUUGAUGAAGAAGAACAAGAUUUAUCAGAAUAAGAUGAUCAAAAAUUUGGUACUUUGUAAUAAUAUUCAUUAAAGGAGAAGCUACUGUAAAAUCAAUCGAAGAGUUAAAUAAUAAUUUAAAGCCCACUAUUAAAUAAACAAACUAAAUCAAAAUUAGAUCUUGAUAUUUAACCACCAAUUUAAUACAGAGGCUUAGAGACAAAUGAAAUACAAUCUGAUGAUAAUUUAAACUUCGAUCUCAAUAUUAAUUUACCUAGUAAAAAUUAAAAUUAAUUUAUUGAUGUUAAUAAUAGCUUAAAUUUUGAUAGAAACUUAUUGGUAGAUUAAAGAGAUAAAAGUAGGGUAAGAGAGAGAUCUCGCUUAGGUGAAAAAAAGAAGAAAAAAGAAAAAACUAAAAAAUCUGAAACUCAUCCUGCAUAAGAAGGCCAAAUAUUAUAAAUACAAAGUCCUCCAUAAAUAAAUGCUAAUCCAUUUGAAAUAACUGCUAAAGAAAUAUAAAUGCCUUCGUAAAUAGAAUUUAAAAUAAGAGACACGUUAACGGGUUAAAAAGUCUUGAGAACUAUGAUGGAUAUUUAAGGAGAGUCUUUGAGAACUUCUCAUUGCUUUUAAGCUUAAUCAUUUAAAUGGACCUCAAAAAUAAAAAGCUUUUCAAAAACAAUUAAAAAGGGAAAUUAAAUGAAUGAUAUAAUACAGAGAUAGAAAUAAAUUUAAAUAUAAAAUAAGCAAAACACUAAAAUGAAAUUAAAUGGUCCUUUAAGUUUAAUCCCUGAAUUCGAAGAGUCUGAAAUUCCUCAAUAAAGAUUAGUGAGUAAACAUUUAUAAAAUACUGAUAUUACUAGUAAUCCAAUAUAUCAAGAUGAGAAUUAUACUAUUAAUGACUCAGGUAUGGAAUUAAAAACAAAAAUAAAUCAAUUUGGAAAUAUUUUUCCAUCAGUUGAUAACUUUGCAUUAUAAAUGACCCUAUUUAAAAAAAAAAUAGCUAAUUUAUAUCAAAAUGGGUAAACUCCAAACAUUUAAUUUUACUUUCAUAGCAACAUUGAUAAUGGGAGUUUUGGAAAAGUAGAUUUAUACUUUUUUAAUUAAAGUAAUUUAAAUUUAUAGGAAAUAACACCUAUUGAAUAACCAUUUAAUUCACCAAAGUAUUAAAUUACAUCUGAAACAUCUAACGAUACAUAGUAAUAAGGAAUUUAAAUAAGCAAUGAAAUGGAAUUUGAUGAUAUUUUGCCACUAAGUUCCUCAUAACAAAAAACUGAUAUUUUCUUAAGCCAAAAGUAAUUAUCUGAUUAAUCAAUCAGAAGUAGCAGUAAUAAUUUUUCAACUUUAGAAAGUGCAUCGCAGCUAAACAGUCAAGGAAUUUUUCUUUCUUCAAAUCAUAGAGAAAAAAUUAAUUUUAUGAUUAGCUCUUAAAAAAGAGAAGCAAUAAAUAUUUUGCCAGCUGCUGGUAAAAAAAUUAAAAAAUAAGAUGAGUUUGUUCGUGAGCUUUUCAUUAUGUAAACAUUUCAGAGCUAAUACAUGCCUUCGCUAUUCGGUUAAGAUAUAGAUUAAUAGAUUUUAUUUAUGGAGUAUGGCUUGUGCAAUUUAUUCAAUUUAAAAUAAGAUAGUAUAAAAAAUAAUUACAGACUUAGUGAUGAAUUUACUUAUCAAGUACUUUUAAAUAUCAUAAAUGCUAUAGAAUCCUUUCUUAGCUUUAAAGAUCCAAAUAGCGGAGAACAUAAACCUAUAUUCCAUAGCGAUAUUAAGCCAUAAAAUAUAAUCCUGACUGUUAAAAAGGAAAAUGAUCUUUAAAAUGCUUAAAUCUAACUUCUUUUAAUAGAUUAUGGUGGCGCUUCCAUAGAAAUUGAAGAUUAUUGGACUUAUUACACUCCAGCUUUUGUGAGUAACAAACUGUGGAGUAAAUUUGUAAAUGACUAAAACUACCAAGAAAAGCUAAAUUGGGAAGAAAUUCGAUAUGCUGAAGUAUAUGCUGCUUGUAGAUCAAUCUAAUAUGUUAUUGUAGAAAAGGAUAAACAACGUCUUUUUAAAAAAGACUCUACUUAAUUAUUUAUGAAAGAAUAUUGGCAAUUAUAUCCGAGAACAACAAGACUUAUAAAUACAAUAUAUCAACUAGAAUAAAAAGGGAGAAUUGAUAGUAAGUACAAAGGAAUUUUUAAUCAAGACGAAAUUUCUUCAAUUAAAUUUAUUAAUCCCUAAAAAAUAGUUUUUGAAGCCUAAAAAAUAUUUGAGCUUUCAAAGCUUAACAACCAUUUCAAUUUGAAUUUAUUAGAAAAUAUUUGA